GCAUCCAGGCCAUGGCGGGCGUGUUCGACAUUGACCUGGACCAGCCCGAAGACGCGGGUUCGGACGAGGAGUUGGAGGAGGGGGGUCAGUUAAGUGAAAGCAUGGACCAUGGAGGAGUUGGCCAAUAUGAAAUUGGCAUGGAACAUUGUGAAAAAUUUGAGAUUUCGGAAACUAGUGUAAACAGAGGUCCAGAAAAGAUCCGACCAGAAUGCUUUGAGUUACUACGUGUACUUGGCAAAGGUGGUUAUGGAAAGGUUUUUCAAGUACGAAAAGUAACAGGAGCAAAUAUUGGAAAAAUUUUUGCCAUGAAAGUUCUUAAAAAGGCAAUGAUUGUAAGGAAUGCAAAAGAUACAGCACACACAAAAGCUGAGCGUAAUAUCCUGGAGGAAGUGAAGCAUCCCUUCAUUGUAGAUUUAAUUUAUGCCUUUCAGACUGGUGGAAAACUCUACCUCAUCCUUGAGUAUCUCAGUGGAGGAGAACUAUUUAUGCAGUUAGAGCGAGAAGGAAUUUUUAUGGAAGACACAGCCUGCUUUUACUUGGCAGAGAUCUCAAUGGCUUUGGGGCACUUACAUCAAAAAGGAAUCAUCUAUCGAGAUCUGAAGCCGGAAAAUAUCAUGCUUAAUCGUCAAGGUCAUGUAAAACUAACAGACUUCGGACUAUGUAAAGAAUCUAUUCAUGAUGGAACAGUCACACACACUUUCUGUGGAACAAUAGAAUACAUGGCCCCUGAAAUCUUGAUGAGAAGUGGGCAUAAUCGUGCUGUGGACUGGUGGAGUUUGGGGGCAUUGAUGUAUGACAUGCUGACUGGAGCACCCCCGUUCACUGGGGAGAACCGAAAGAAAACCAUUGACAAGAUUCUCAAAUGUAAACUCAACUUGCCUCCCUACCUCACGCAAGAAGCCAGAGAUCUGCUUAAAAAGCUGCUAAAAAGAAAUGCUGCCUCACGUCUAGGAGCUGGUUCUGGAGAUGCUGGAGAAGUUCAGGCUCACCCUUUCUUCAGACACAUUAACUGGGAAGAGCUGCUAGCUCGGAAGGUGGAACCUCCCUUUAAACCAUUAUUGCAAUCCGAAGAGGAUGUGAGCCAGUUUGAUUCAAAGUUUACACGUCAGACACCUGUUGAUAGCCCAGAUGACUCAACUCUCAGUGAAAGUGCCAACCGGGUCUUCCUGGGUUUUACGUAUGUGGCUCCAUCCGUACUUGAAAGUGUAAAAGAGAAGUUUUCUUUUGAACCAAAAAUUCGAUCACCUCGCAGAUUCAUUGGCAGUCCAAGGACACCAGUCAGCCCUGUAAAGUUCUCCCCUGGGGAUUUCUGGGGAAGAGGUGCUUCAGCCAGUGCACCAAAUACGCAGACACCUGUGGAAUAUCCAGUGGAGCCAAGUGGAAUAGAACAAAUGGAUGUGACAGUUUGUGGCGAGGCCUCAGCACCACUUCCAAUACGACAACCAAACUCUGGGCCAUAUAAAAAACAAGCCUUUCCCAUGAUUUCCAAACGGCCAGAGCACUUGCGCAUGAAUCUAUGACAACACAACCUUUUUUUUUUUUUUUUAAACCUGUAAAGGUGGAAAAACAAAGAAUGAUGGACAUAAGCCCCCUGCCAGUUGAAAUGUGAGGGCUCAUAUGGUUUACUUUUUAAAAGUGACAGUAUCAGAGUCAUUGCACAGAACGACUUGGAAAGAAAAGAAAAACAAACAAAUGGAUUUUUUUCUAUUAAUCAAUGGUGCAUAAAAAAACUUAAGCAAAAUGGUAUUGCAGAACUCUAGGCACAUCAGCUAACUGAUUCCCAGUGACAUCAACUCGCCUUAUCAAGGAUUUUUCAGGUUGAUAGCUUGAAACUGACAGUAUUAAGGGUAGGAUGUUGCUCCAGAAUCACUGUCUAGUCAUGAUUGUGUCAAGAAGGGUUAGCCCUUUCACUAGGCAGAGUGUGAAAUGCCUAUAAUUCUUGCGUCUGAGGAUUAAUUAGCAUGCAAGCUUGGUCCAGCUGUUUCCUACAAUGGUGUGGAAUCAAAGAUGAAAGAUAAACUUAACAAUUGAUGUUUCACGUGCAAACAACUUAAUGAAUUUUUUUUAUAUAAAUAUAUAUUUUUCAAAUAGAUUUUUUGAUUCAGCUCAUUAUGGAAAGUAUCCCAAAAUUUAAAACAAUUAUUUGUUGGUGUGAAGAAAAGGUUGACUCAGUUAGUUUUUUCUUCUCCUGGUGAAACAGUAUAUUGGUAAAGGAAUCAUUGUUAAUUACUUACAUGGCUGUUGGGGGUAAGAGGAGGGAGAGAAUUGUCUUAUUUGCUUACCCAGCUAAAAUAUCUAUAUCAUCUGUAUUGCUAAAAAAACCAAUCCUAAUCAAAUGGCAAUGCUGCUAUGUUCUAGGCUUAACUGGAAGCCAUGGGCUGCACACAUGUCCUGCAUAUUUCACCAUUGUCUUUGGCAGACAUUUCACUGGAAAAAAUUGCCUUUCAUUUGUAUGCCAGUCAUUUGGUUCAAGACAGCUGAACAUGUUCAGAUUCUUAUCCAUCUAAACAGGUCAGGAUAAAAUCCAUCAGACGGCAAGGGUCAGGGAAUGCAUUGCCACAGUGAACAUCUACAAGUUCAGCAAGUCAUAAGUGAAUAAAAGCUUUUCAACUAAUGGGUAAGAAUUAGAGGGAUUUUUGUAUGGUUUUUGUCUCACAUUUCCACAAAAAUUAAAGUAACUUUUCCCCUGUGCUGGGGCAACAAGUUUUCUGAUUGUAUUU